ACAAAACGGUCUCAUCCUCAAACCUUCACCACACGUAAACGACGACAACCUGUUUCUUGCGAAAACAGUAACUCGAUACAAAAUAUUCCCCCACGCCAGAGAUCCAAUUCUGAAAAAAGUCAAAAUCAAACCAUGCGAAGCGUAGAGGUGGCGAAGACGGUGCUUGAGGUUGCCGACGUCGCUUUGACCGCCGUCGAACACACCCACUAUCGCCGUCAAAACAACCAUCCCGUCACCGCCGGCGAUAACUGCCCCUCCGAUGAAGAUUUGGAAUCUCUGCGAUCGGAGAAUCGACGCCUCAGGAACUUGCUCGACCAGAAUCUGAAGCUGCUUCACAACCUCUCCGAAUCACCUUGCUUCCUCAAUAAUUGUCCUCCCGAUUUGAAUGACCGGUUAGUUGCUACAUUGAGGUCUGAUGAGUACCUGACUCGGCUCAAGCUCCUACAACAGGAAACUGCGAGCGGAGGAAAUCAAUUUCCUUUUAAGGAGGCCACUGAAUUUGAUUUUCAAUCCGCUGACAUUUUGGUCAAUGUUGACUCUCAAGAACCCAGUUGGUGGGUUUGGGUUACAGAUGAGACGGAUCCUAUUAGUGUUGAGGAAUGGGGUGGAAUUGAUGAUGAGAAUUACUUAGUCAUCGGUGAGGAGCAUGUGGUUGAUGGCGUUGCCAACUUUAUGGCCAGAUGCAUUCUGUCAAACCCAAAAGCUCUGAAUAUGUCACCAGAGGAACUGCAGAAAGCACUAUCCAAAGCAUUGCAUAGUACAAGCAAAUUGGAAAAGAUGUUAGAUAUUUGGCAUGCUGGAAAGUUGUUUUAUACUCUAUCUACCUGGGGACUUACUUUGGCAGGGAUUUACCAAACACGUGCAUUGUUAAGAGUUGCCGCAAAGGGGGUUCAUUCAGGCAGUAAACUUGCUCUUCGCUCUCUAAAUAUGGCUGUUCCAUGACCAUGGCAAAUGUAUAAUGAAUGCUAGUGCAUGGAGCUUACAGUGCCUUGUCUGGGUAUAACCCGAUUUAUUAAUUGCUUCCCACAAGAUCUAGCUAAUGUAAAUAAUUUGUAAAUAAAAUUAUUUGUUUUCUUUU